AUGAAGAGGUCCGCCGGAAAAGAAAUAGUAUUGGCGACUAUGCUGAUGAUGAGCUUCAUUGUGAUGCUCACUUUGGCAGCAGAAUACGAGAUAUCUUGGGAAUUCGGAAAUAAUUAUUAUGAUUCGUACAGAGAAAGUGGGAUACCUAUGGUUCCAAAGAGUUGUCGAGGCACUUGCGGCAACAUUAGCAUUUUCUACCCAUUUAGAAUUGGACCCGACGAAGAUUGCUAUUUGAACAAAUGGUUCCUCGUAAAUUGCGUCAAAUCCUCCCAUGGUUUGGAGAAACCUUUCCUGAGCUCCUUCUCUGAUGACAAGGAUGGUGUAAGAGAGAUUGUGAGCAUUUCCUACGAGUCACAAGUACUAGUAAUGAAAGAGUGGUUUUCUCCUUUAUGCCAAACCACCACCAAUCUCUCUGUAAUGAGAAACACAAAAUUAUCUGGAACCCCAUUCUUUUACUCUUCCAAAAACAACAGGUUCAUGUUUUAUGGUUGCGGCAGCGCUGUCCUCACUACGCCCCCGCCCCCCGUUCCAGAAUUCUUACAGUCCAGUUGCAAGUCGAGUUGCAGCAAUAACACCACCACGCCAGCACCUAAAUUUGCAAAUGAUUGCAACGGCAUAAACUGCUGCCAUCUUAGUUUUCACAACGAUGUAAAUGCAUACCAAAUCAAUAUCGCUGCAAAUUCAUCCAUUGUCAACGCCUCCUGCAACUAUGCCUUCUUUCCUGCUAUUUAUUCUGCCCGCGGAUUCAGCCUUCAAACUAUUAGCAAGCUGCUACCGGAAGACAAGCUGGUUGUCCCGGUCUUUUGGACCUGGGCCGUCACAAUACACGACCUGAUGACUCGCUUGCCUCACUACUCACGCGAUUGCGGUCCAUAUAACAACAUGUUUCCUCAGGAAUUACGACGGACAUAUGCGACCUGUGGCUGCAAAUAUCCCCUAGACGGGAACGCUUACUUACCAAAUGGAUGCCAAGGUGUUAGUGCAAGUUUUGGAUUAGUGUCGUUAAUAUGGGCUUGUGUCAUCCUCUAUAAAGCCAUCAAGAAGAGAAAGAUGAAGAAAUUGAGGCAGAAGUUCUUCAAGCGUAAUGGAGGUCUCCUAUUACAACAACAACUCUUAGCCAAAGAAGGGACAGUAGAGAAGACAAAGAUUUUCACAGCAAGUGAGUUGGAUAAGGCCACAGAUCACUUCAAUGCUGAUAGAAUAGUAGGCCGAGGUGGGCAAGGCACAGUGUACAAAGGAAUGUUAAUUGAUGGGCAAAUCGUUGCAGUUAAGAAAUCUCAAGUCGUGGACGAGAACCAAUUGGAGCCAUUUAUCAAUGAGGUUGUCAUUCUUUCCCAAAUCAAUCAUAGAAAUGUUGUGAAACUCAUGGGGUGUUGUUUGGAGACCGAAGUUCCCAUUUUAGUUUAUGAAUUUAUACCAAAUGGAACACUUUUUGGCCUUAUACAAAACAAUUUUGAUGACGAACUCAUUCCUCUUUCAUGGGAUAUUCGUCUCAGAAUUGCAUCCGAUGUGACUUGUGCAUUAGCUUAUCUCCACUCCGCAACAUCAGUUCCCAUCUACCACAGAGACAUCAAGUCUGGUAACAUUCUUCUGGACGAGAAAUUUCGAGCUAAGGUUUCAGAUUUUGGAAUCUCAAGGUCCAUUUCAAUUGACAAAACUCACUUGACUACCAUAGUGAAGGGAACAUUUGAUUAUUUAGACCCUGAGUAUUUUCAGACUAGUCAGUUCACAGAAAAGAGUGACGUUUACAGCUUCGGAGUUGUCCUUGCUGAGUUGUUGACAGGACAAAAACCAAUCUCAUUUGAACUUGAUGAUGAUGAAGAUAGGAGCUUGGUAUCACGUUUUCUAUUGAGCAUGGAAGAGAACCGUCUCAUGGAGAUUCUUGAUGUGGAAGUUAUAGAGCAAGGCAAAAAGGAAGAUGUUGUGGCAAUGGCUUGGCUUGCGCAGCGUUGCUUGAACAUGAACGGAAAGAAAAGGCCUACCAUGAAAGAAGUGGCCUCGGAGUUGGACACCAUUAAAGCAUCUCAUUCUCAUCUCCCCUCGGCCAUGGAAGCAUUAGAGAUUGAAUCAGAUUUCAUAGCUUAA